AGUGGCCGGGUGGUUUGUGUGCAUCAUAGACGUGCCUCGACACAGGUUUUCAAAAUGUAUUACGGUUUGCUUCUGGUAAUCCUGUCAGUAAUAGGUUGUCUAUCAGCUCCGACAGACGAGCCUAUACGUGUCGACCUACCAGUCUACGACCAGCCACAAGAAAGCUCCAAUAUUUAUUCGAACCAACACGGCAUCAUAAGUAGCGACAAGUCUCUUGCGGAAAUCCUUUCACAGAGAAUAAACUCUGGAGUAAACACGGCUAAGGCAGGAUCUUUGAAUGUACAAGGAGCAGAUGGUUGGUUUUCUCCUCCGCUUACGACUUUGGAAGGCGCCUUGUUAGAAACAGAGGGUUUGGGCAGCAAAUCAUUAUCCGUAAAAGACAAUUUGCAUCAUAUAGUUGCUGGAAUUUUGCAACCCAAGCCAUUAGUAGACACAAUACAGGAGGAAGAAAAAUAUGGCAAUACAGGAGACAAAUUCUACGGGACUGGGCGAGCGAUAGUGAGCGGAGCGGAAGGUGUCUCUAAUUUUGUUAACUCAGUCAUAGAGGUGCCCGGUACAAUUAUCAGAAAAAUCACAAAAGCCGCUUCGGAUAAACUUAACAACUUGGGUGGUAGACUUAUUGGCUUAUAAUGUUAA